UCCCCCACCAUGUUUUUCAACUGCCACUCCAUAACCUUCUUUCCCACUUGCAACAAACAAAAGAAGAGAACACAUAAAAAGUAACAACUUUGAGCAAUGGAGGCACUGAAGAUGAAGCUUUUCUUGACUUUGGUUAUUGCCAUGUUGGUGAUGGCAGCAACUAGGGUUUCAGCUGCUGAUGCACCUGCCCCAGGUCCUUCAUCUGAUGCUACAACAACUAUUUCCACUGUCUUUUCUUCUCUCUUUGUUCUUGCAUUUGCUCUUCUCUUCUGAUUCUCCGACAAUUGUUACAUGUGUGGAGUUGAGGUGGUUGUGUUUCGUGUUUUCUUCUCUCUUUUUUUCCAAUCUUCUUCGGUGUUUGGUCACUGUACUCUUCUGUGACUAGGGUUUUUUGUUUUCUUGGGAUAUGCAUGGGUGGGGUGACUUGGAGUGAGGGAGAAGAGAAUAUCAAAUAUUUAGAUUUUUUUUUUCAUCAUCAUUCUUAUUCUUAUGUAACAAAUUCAUUGUUCCUCACUGUACUUUUUUAUGGGUUGUUGUGACAAUGUAAUCUUAUUGUGAUUUGUUUGGUUCCCC